AUGUCAUCAUCGAUGCGUUUAUCUGAUCAAGCAACUCGCCUCAGCGUUAACCUUCGUGAGCGAUGUCGUAUGCAUGAUCUCAACGAAGCAUUCGACGAUUUACGAGCUAUCUUACCAUAUGCUAAUGGUACAUCCGUAAGAAAAUUAUCGAAAAUUGCUACGUUACUACUUGCAAAAAAUCACAUUUUGAUGCAGGCAAAUGCAAUGGAAGAAAUGCGUCGCAUAAUUCACAUUCUACAACAGCAACUCUUCAAUCUAUCAUUUACGAAUUACGACACACAGCAUUAA